AACACCUGUUCCGGGGCCUACGCAUAAAGCUGACCGACUGCUCGGAGCUUUUCUCAGAAUCUUGUCUUGUGGAGCGAAGCGGGAAGCUAAACAGUGAUGAAAACGUUUAUCGUCUGCCUGGCCUUAUUGGCCACUUGCUAUGGACUUGUCAGAAUCCCACUAUACAAAAUCAAGACUGCUCGUCAAUCUUUGAAAGAACAUGGCAUGUCAAUUGAGAGCCUCAGCAGGAAGUACAGUGUCGGGAACUUGAAUGGACCAGACCCUGAGCCUCUCAGUAACUACCUUGAUGCCCAGUACUAUGGACCCAUCAGUAUCGGAACACCAGCCCAGGACUUCAAGGUUAUCUUUGAUACUGGAUCUUCCAACUUGUGGGUGCCGUCCAAGAAAUGUUCCUUGACUGAUAUUGCCUGUUUGCUCCACAACAAAUAUGACAGUACCAAGUCCAGCACAUACAUCGCCAAUGGCACAAAAUUCGCCAUCCAGUAUGGCACUGGUGAGCUCAGUGGCUUCCUCAGCACUGAUGACGUUACAAUUGGUCAGGUAACAGUGAAGAAACAGACAUUUGCUGAGGCCACCAAACAGCCUGGAAUCACAUUUGUUGCUGCCAAGUUUGAUGGAAUCCUUGGACUGGGCUAUUCUUCCAUCUCCGUGGAUCAGGUUGUCCCCGUCUUCUACAACAUGGUGCAGCAAAACUUGUUCCACAGUCUCUUCUCCUUCUAUCUGAGUCGUGACCCUAAGGCAAAGGAAGGUGGUGAGCUCAUCUUCGGAGGUAGUGACCCAGCCAAGUACACUGGCAACUUCACCUACGUACCAGUCUCGCGGCAAGGAUAUUGGGAGUUUAAAAUGGAUGGCAUCACACUGGGUACAACGACAUUCUGUCAAGGAGGCUGCAAUGCCAUCGCAGACACUGGCACUUCUCUCCUGGCUGGACCCACAUCAGAUGUCACCAAGUUGAACCAGCUCAUCGGAGCAACACCACUAGCCAAGGGAGAGUACAUGAUCGACUGUAACAAGAUCCCCAGCCUGCCUGUCAUCAAUUUCACAAUUGGAGGAAAAGUGUUCAGUCUCACAGGGCAGCAGUAUGUUCUCACGGUUUCUGAGGGCGGGGUGAGCAUCUGUCUGAGCGGCUUUAUUUCUCUGGACGUGCCGCCUCCCAGGGGUCCCCUGUGGAUUCUGGGAGAUGUUUUCAUUGGACCAUACUACACCGAGUUUGAUCUUGGCAAAAAUCGAGUCGGAUUUGCUCCAACAAGGAACUAAUUGUUACUGUAUGAAAAUGUUUAGAAUAAACUUAUGUUUUCAGAUAUGUUGAAUAUUUCUAAAUGAGGUGUAUAAUAAAGGGUGAAGUGUGAGAUUAUUGGUGUACCAUUCAUGAAAAUUGGUUGUGUAAAACACAGAUGUAGUUUAAAAGUCACUAAUCAAACAUUUUCUUUAUGACAAAGUACAAUGAAGAUUAAUAAUGAUUGAUACAUGAAAACAUCAUAGGGAUAGAGAUGUUACCAGCUUUUGUUUUUACACCUUUAAUUUCAAAACAGUAUAAAAUAACAUAAUUCCUAUAGUGCUAUGUAGACCAUGAAGUGAGAGAAGAACGAAUUAAGGAAGGAAGAAAUCUGUACAGUGAUGCACAGCCUAAUCUGUUGUGAUCUGUGUUGAUCAAUGUGAUUUGAUCAAGUGAAAUCUUGUCUAAAAGACCACUCAGUUUUACAUUUGAAAGAUUUGAAAUCUUGGUGUAAUGGCUAAUUUGUUGAUUUAAUCAGAGUCUUUAUUUGUUGUUGGUAAUGAUGUUUAUAUUGAUGCAAUGUAACCCGGAUUGUAGUUUUAUGUGUUGUAAAGAAGGGAUGAAAUCUGAAAAUGUACUAAUCGAAAUUGAAGAUGCACCUACAAAGUGUUUGGCAUGCCUUUGAAAGUUUGAGCUUUUCUUUUAGUUUUAGAGCUUGAAAUCUUCAUACGAAAUCCACUGACAUUGCUUGGCUAGAGACUGACUAAUAUUAUCCUUUGCAGGGAUUGGGAAAGGCAGGGGCCAUGGGCCAUUUUGCACAUUAGAAUAAAAAAUGGCCCAUUAAUAUUUUGAAGUUUACUAUUGAUACAAGGGCAGUGGCCCAUUCUAAAUUCAGAAAAUGGCUAACAAUUCUGAAAAUGGCCCAUUGUCAAAGUUCUCUAUCCCAAUCCCUGCUUUGAUUACAUUUCUUGUAAUCUAUAUCAUUAAAGAUUGUCUUUGCAUGAAUCUCAAUAAUGAUGAAGAGACAUUAACGACACUCUUGUGUGCCUUCUAUCAUCCAGUAGUAUGAAACAUUUGGUGAAAAAUGAGGUGUUAUUAACACUUGACUAACACUUGAUAUGGCUUUAUUAAUCUUCAGUGUCCAGAUAAUUGGUCUUGCUGGUGUAUAGGUCUGUAUGUGACUUAAUAACAUCACCAACGAACAUUUACAAACUUAUAUAUCCAGAGGAUGUAAUCAUAAUCAUUUGGUAUAGCCUUUGACCACCUGGUUUGGCAAACAUAUGCAUGAAUGCCUUUAUAACAGAGCCUUCACUCUGUCAUCAUUGUCUUGUUGCUGCUUCUCUGGUGUCAGGCCUUUGCUUGACCUUUCUGCUUGGCUUAUCUAAUAUCUUUUGUGUUGCAGUUCUUUCUUUCAUCUGUUGUUGGAGCAGGAGGGUGGUUUGAAACUUUAUUAAUUUAUUCAGAUUUACAUUAAUUCCAGCAACUUUAUCCACAAAAUGAGCGGAUCUAGUACAAAGUUUCAGAACAACUAUGUAAUCAAUACCUACAAAGAUCAUUUAUGCCUCCUUCUAAUGCACCUCAUGAAAUAUUUUCGCCAGUUGGCAAUAUUAUUUUUAAAAUCCGUUUGAUAAGGUAUCUGAGGCACGAGUAGCAUGAUUGAAGCCGGCCUUAUAUACUUUCAAUCACUGAUUUGUCUUGAACUUUCUCACCCUCAUUCUCUUGCAGUAGCUUAAUGUUUUUAACCUCUUCUUCAUCCUAGCAUGAGUGGAGACCUUGGGCACUCUUCUAAUCCUCAGCAUCUUGAUCCAUUAAGCUGUAACGGAUUUUGUAAGAGUCUCUGUUGAUAUUUGGAAGAAAGCGCAAUUCAAAUUGUGUACUCAAAGGAAAA